UGAGAGGACGCCUCUCCCGCUGCUCGGACUCGGCCAAGGGCGUCCUGUGAUUGGACGGGCUGGGUCACGUGUGGCGGCGGACAGCUGGCUGCGGCUGAUCGCGGUCGGUGCAGCCGCCUGCUACCGCUCGUGUGCCGGGGCUGUGGUGCUCGGCCUCCGCUUCUAGCCAUUCGGCGCAGUAUGGGAGACAAGAAAAGCCCGACAAGGCCGAAACGGCAGCCGAAGCCGUCGUCAGACGAGGGAUACUGGGACUGCAGCGUGUGCACCUUCAAGAACAGCGCCGAGGCCUUCAAGUGCCUGAUGUGUGAUGUGCGCAAGGGGACGUCCACCCGGAAACCAAGACCUGUUUCACAGCUGGUUGCACAGCAGGUGACACAGCAAUUUGUGCCUCCCAUGCAGUCAAAGAAGGAGAAGAAAGACAGAACAGAGAAAGAAAAGAGUGAAAAAGAAACAUCUAUUAAAAAGAACAGUAACAAGAAAACAAGGCCACGGUUGAAAAAUGUGGACCGAAGUAGUGCACAGCAUUUGGAAGUCACUGUGGGGGACCUAACGGUCAUUAUUACAGACUUUAAAGAGAAAACGAAGUCCCCUCCUACAUCCAGUGCCACUUCUGUGGACCAACAUAGUCAAAGUGGAUCUGGCUCAGAAAACACAGAGCGGGGAAUAUCCAGGUCAUCAUCACCCAGGGGCGAAACCUCAUCCGUAAAUGGAGAAUCUCAUUAAAGUUUCUCUAGUGUUUUCUAGAUAUUGUGACAAGAAACUUCUUUCUGCCAAUAUUCACCACAGUUACAUGGGAAAAAUCUGACGCAAAUCUGAUAUUUUUGAGAAAGAAAGUGAGUAUGUAUGCACUUAUUUUUUUAAUGCUAUAUUUUAAGUGCGCCUUGAAAGAUAAGACUUUCAAGGUAAGUGACACCAAAAGAUGAAGAGGGUUUGCAUAAUCAGAAAUAUUAACAAGUCCAAAUGUUCCUGGUACAUGUUGAUUGAUGUAGGCACUCGGAUAUUUACCAAAUGACAAUAGUCCGCACUAGCUGCCAUGUCUAUCCUGUGUGACAUUUGCUUUACGAGUCUCACUAAACCCAAGCUGCAGUACUUAGGGACACUACCACAGAUGUCUCUAUCCAGUCAUAUAGAUUUAUGUUUACACAUGGCUGUACCUUUCCGAAAUCUGGAUUCUAUAGGUAACGGUUUAACACCUGCU